GAGGCUGCGAGGUGGGCCAAGGGUAGGCAGCACUUUCUAUAGCUCCGUACAAUAGCCUUAAAUACACAAAUUUUAACACUUCUCCGUUUGGGUGAUGAAAAACUUGAUUACCAACUACUCUCAUGAUAUUGCAGCUGAAGAAACAAUAUGGCUUCUACAGUUGGAAGGUUAGCUGCUUCAGCCACUGUCAGGGCUGUGAAAAGGAAAUUUCCUCCAAGAGCAGCUCUUGUUUUGACGCCAGCUGCAGUGUCAAAGAUAAAGGAGAUUCUUCAAGGAAAACCUCAGUUUAUUGGCUUAAAAGUGGGCGUGCAACAAAGGGGAUGCAAUGGACUUAGCUACACUCUUGAUUACGUUGAGGAAAAGGGGAAAUUCGAUGAAGAGGUGAUGCAAGAUGGUGUUCGUGUAAUCAUUGACAAGAAAGCACAGCUGACUCUUCUAGGCACAGAGAUGGAUUAUGUGGAGGACAAACUGUCAGCUGAGUUUGUCUUUAACAACCCCAACAUAAAGGGGACAUGCGGCUGCGGUGAGAGUUUCUCUUUAUAACUUCACCACUUAAAGAUUCUGUAUACAAAUCUAGUAAUUAAUAGAAUUUUGUUCUGUGAUAUAGGCUAUUAUAGCUGCAUUGGGAAUGUAAAUAAUUUGUUUAUAUUUAUUUUCUCUUUGUAUAUAGAUGUGUUGAGUAAAUAAAAAAGA